GUGAACAAGUGCAUUGUGGACCUGUCGACAUCAGGAGCAAAGAAAGACAUAAACGAUUCCAUUGGCAAGUGGGGUGAUGGCAAGUAUUUGUACAUGGACAUUGAUCCAUCCAACCUCUGCCUGGUGGACCCGUUCGAUCUCACUGUCCUUAACACGCAGGCCAUCAAAACGCUCAGGGCGAUUGAAACAACAUCUUUUGUUCAGUUUUAUUUAUUUUAUUUCAUUCUCGUUAAUAUGGCUGUGCUGCUUUCAUCAGUCCAACUUCCAACAGAUUUCGCCUACGUAGCUCGAGAUAAGUCGACUCGCGCGUUCGCUUGCCACGUGUUUCGUUGUGACCAGCCCGCUCGACACAUCGCAUCGACCUUGUGCCACGUCUGCAAGAUGGCCGUCGCUCGCAAGAACAGCAAGUUGCUGUCGUCAACGUACUCGUCGUCGUCAGCUGUGGCUUGCGGUAGUUCAAGUUCGAAUGGCUCCCGACCGAACAAUUUGCCUGAUUUUGAUGGGGGGAGCACGGCGGCCAGUGGAUGCGGGGAGGUGCUGGCCAAGUAUGAAGACCUACUCAAAAAUUCUUCCUUCCCAACUCCAAUGGAUGAGCCAAAGAAAGUCAUCUACUGCCACUACCUGGGCACCAUCCAGGUAUCCAUGCCUACAGGUGAAUGA